AUGAGACGGCCUGGUGCAGCACAUUCAGUUGCCUGGAAACAUCACAAACGAGAGAUUCAGCUGGGUUCCAGGUGGGGAAAACAAAAGUGCAUGGCAACUGUUUACCUCAACGAAGUGCUUAGCCAAAAGGUCAAAAAUGCCGCUAAGUUCACAACUAUAGAUCUGAUUGGUCUCGGCGGUAAAAUCGAUACGUCAAUCUCAUUGGCCAAUUUCACCGACCCACCUAGCGCUGAGGUCGGAUCUCUGACGGAAACUCGGGGACUGCGCCUACCUGAUGAGCCCUAA